CAUGGCGCGGCGCCGCCGGCUGCUGCCGCCGCCCCUGCCGGGGCUGCUGCUGGGGCUCGGCCCGGUGCUGCUCGGAGCCGCCGCCGCCUUCAACCUGGACCGCACCUUCCCCGUGCUCAAGGAGGGCCCCGCCGGAGCCUUGUUCGGCUUCUCGGUAGCGCUGCACCGGGAGACGGAGCGGCGGGAGCGGAGCCUGCUGCUGGUGGGAGCCCCCCAGGACGCGGAGCCGGUGAACGGGACGCGGACGGGCGCCGUGUACGCCUGUCCCCUGAGCGCCACCACCCGCGACUGCCAGCGCCUGGCCAUCGAGCUCAAGGAUGAGCCGGACAAGGCCAUCAUCGAGGACAUGUGGCUGGGGGUGACAGUGGCCAGCCAGCGGCAGCCACCGGGGAGGGUCCUGGCCUGUGCCCACCGCUACACGCGGGUGCUGUGGUCGGGGGCGGAGGCGCAGCGCCGCAUGGUGGGCCGCUGCUACGUGCGGGGCAAUGACCUGCGCCUGGACCUGGGGGACGAGUGGCAGACGUACCACAACGAGAUGUGCAACGCCAACACCGACACCGACGAGACCGGCAUGUGCCAGAUGGGCACCAGCGCCGGCUUCGGCGCCAACAUCAUCUACUUCGGGGCGCCCGGCGCCUACAACUGGCAGGGCACGGAUUACAUGCUCCAGCGGGACUCGUGGGAUCUGCACGACUUCUCCUACCCCAACAAGAGGAACGGCAACACCUACAUAGGGUACACGGCCGAGGUGGGCAGCGCGGUGCUGCAGCAGGACGCGGUGACCGUGGUGACGGGCGCGCCGCGGUACCGGCACACGGGCGCCGUGCUGCUGCUGAGCCGCGGCGCCCGGCAGACGCUGAACCGGAGCCUGCUGCUCCCCGGGCCGCAGGUCGGCUCCUACUUCGGCAGCGCCCUCGCCCUGGCCGACCUCAACAACGACGGGUGGCAGGACCUGGUGGUGGGGGCCCCCUACUACUUUGAGCGGAAGCAGGAGGUGGGGGGCGCAGUGUUCGUGUACAUGAACGAGGCCGGGGGCUUCCAGCAGCUCCCCAGCCUGGUCCUCACCGGGCCCAGCUACUCCGGGUUCGGCUUUGCCCUGGCCAGCGUCGGGGACAUCAACCAGGACGGGUUCCAGGAUAUCGCCGUGGGGGCUCCUUUCGAGGGGCCUGGCAAGGUCUACAUCUACCACAGCAGCGCCGAGGGGCUGCGGGACCGACCCCGGCAGGUGAUCAGCGGGUCAGACCUGGGCCCCACCAAGAUAAAAACCUUCGGGUACUCGCUGAGCGGGGGGCUGGACAUGGACGGGAAUUCCUACCCAGACCUGCUGGUGGGCAGCCUGAGCGAGCGCAUCGUCCUGCUCAGAGCCCGUCCCGUGAUCAACAUCCUGGACAAGACCUUCACGGUGACCCCCAGCAAGGUGGACCCUGCCCAGUGCACGCCCAAGUCCUGCAUGACGGUGACCUUGUGCUUCUCCUACAACCAGAGCGCGGGGGACCCCAACUACAGCGAGAGGAUCACCCUGCAGUACACGCUGGAGGCCGACAAGGACCGGCACCCGCCCAGGGUCAGGUUCUCAGGGUCCCAAUCUGCCACCUACACCGGGGACUUCUCCAUGCCUGACACCCGCUGCCAGUCCCAGGAGCUCCUGCUGCUGGACAACGUCCGGGACAAGCUGCACCCCAUCGUGCUCUCCAUGAACUACUCCCUGCUGGAGAGGCCCAGAACGUUCCAGCUGGGCCCCCACUCCCUGGACGCCUUCCCCGUCCUCAACCAGGACCAGUCCCACGAGAACGAGACCAAGAUCGACUUCCAGAAGGAAUGUGGCUCCGACAACCAGUGCUACAGCAACCUCCAGCUGCAGAGCGGCUUCGUCACCGAGCAGAACCAGCCGCUGCCCAGGGUGAACGGCACCCAGGUGCUGCAGUACAGCCGGGACGUGCGCAAGCUGCACCUGAGCAUCAACAUCACCAACGUCCCCACGGCGCCCUGGAACGGCGAGGACGCCCACGAGGCCCUGCUGAACGUCACCGUGCCCCCCAGCCUGCUGCCCUCCUCCGUCCGCCCGAGCGGAGCCUGCACCUUUGGGGACACGGUGCUGUGCGAGCUGGGAAACCCCUUCAAGAGGAACCAGAGGGCAGAGCUGACCAUCACCUUCGAAGCCAUUGGGAUCAUGCUGGACACGCGGGAGGUGGCGGUGUGGCUGGACCUGUCCACGCAGAGCACCCAGGAGGAUCUGCAGCCCGUGCUGGCCAAGCUGCUGGUGGAUUACAGCAUCCAGUCCUCGCUGAGCAUAGCCUCCUCACACAUCCAGUCCUACUUCAGCGGGACCGUGGUGGGCGAGUCGGCCAUGAAACAGGAGCAGGACGUUGGCAGCCCCCUCACCUUCGACUUCCAGGUGACCACCAAAGGCGAGUCCCUGGGCACGCUGGGCACCAUCCUGCUGGGGUUUGAGUGGCCCUACGAGAUCCCCAAUGGCAAGUGGCUCCUCUACCCCACCGAGAUCCUGGUGAACGGCAACGACACGUGUCACCCCCCCGGGGGGGUCAUCAACCCCCUCAACCUCACCCUCCUGCAGGACCAGGCUCCAUCCCGGCGGAGACGGGAGCUGGAGCCCCCCGAGCCGGGGGAGCCCCCGGUCACCUUGGCCACCGGCCGGCGCCCGAGGUCCGAGGCGGCGCUGAGCUGCUCGGCGGGCACGGCGCGCUGCGUGUGGUUCGAGUGUCCCCUGCUGCACACGCAGCUCCCCUCCAGCUUCAGCCUCCGCGCCCGCGUCUGGAACAGCACCUUCAUCGAGGAGUUCCGGGACUUUGACCGAGUGAAGGUGACGGGCACGGCCACGCUGUUCCUGCGCUCGCAGGUGCCCACCAUCACCAUGAGGAACCACACGGUGCGGUUCUCCGUGGACGUGGACUCGGAGCUGCAGGAGGAGCAGCCGGCCGAGAUCGCGCUCUGGCUGGUGCUGGUGUCGGUGGCAGCCGGGCUGCUGCUGCUGGGGCUCAUCAUCCUCCUCCUCUGGAAGUGUGACUUUUUCCAGCGGACCCGCUACUACCGGAUCAUGCCCAAGUACCACGCGGUGCGGAUCCGGCAGGAGCAGCGCUACCAGCCCGGGGGGCUCCUGCCCCGCCGCCGCAAGAAGCUCUGGGUGACCAAGUGGCAGGAGCCGGACAAGUACUACUGACCCCCUGCCCCCGCCCGGGCCCCUGCCAGGGGGGCUCUGACUUUGCACAAGCGCAUCUCUCCCUGCCCCGUCCCCUCGGACGUGGCCACCCCCGGCGUUGGCUCCCGCAGCCCCUCCCCGCUCGCCCGGGGUGGCUCCCGCAGCCCCUCCCCGCUCGCCCGGGGUGGCUCCCGCAGCCCCUCCCGGCUCGCCCGAGGUGGCUCCCGCAGCUCCUCCCCGCUCGCCCGGGGUGGCUCCCGCAGCCCCUCCCCGCUCGCCCGGGGGGCUCUUGCCCGCUCGUGCCUUGCACGCUUGUGGGGGCGACCCCCCAAAUGUGCCCCCCCCCAAAAUGCGCCCCCCCCCCGCCGCUCCCCGAAGUGCUGCUGGCCUCACCGAGUGCCUUCCCCCCGCGCUGACACUCCGCUCGCCACCUCCCUGUCCUUUGUCGCCAGCCUCCCUGGGACACGUCCCGGCCCCUGGGGACACGUCCCCGCCGGCCGGGACACGCUCGCCCCCCUCCCCUCGGCAAUGGGUGCGGGACCCCUCUGCUUUCCCCGGGGGAGGUGGGGGGGGGGCUGGGGGAGCUCAUUCACUCCUGCACCCCCUCCUCACCCCAGACCCCUCGGGGAUCUCCCCUCCUGACCCCAGACCCCUCGGGGGUCUCCCCCUCCUCACCCCAGACCCCUCCCGCUGUUCUCGGCCGCAGCUUUGCCUUGGGGGGGGGGUGCAGCGCUUCAGGCCGUGUCCCCCCAUCCCCGACCCUCGCCCCCCGCCCCGGGGGUCCCUGUCCCGCCCCGCGGGGUUAAGUUAUUCCGUGUCUCUCCGUGUCCGUGUUUCGGUGUCGAGUCCCGGCGUCCGGUCGGUACCGGGGGCGGCUGGGGAGGGGGUCCCGCACCCCCAGCCCCCACCCGGCCCUCAAACCCCCCCUCCCCUUCCUCGCCGGGGCCCAAUAAAGCCUCGCUCUGGGAUUUGUAA